UUUUCAUUUCAAUGUGAAACAUGCAAUUUGCAUAAACUAAACGAAACCUUAUGAUUGUUUGUCUUCAGAUAUGUUAGAUCUGAUUCGUUUCAAAAUUUAAUUCCGUUAUUAUUAUCAAUUGAUUGUUUAUCUCUGUUUCGUUUGAGUCACGUGUAAUGUUAGAAGGGCUUGCAGCAUGGAUUCUAAAUACUUACGUUGGAGAAUAUUUAGAAAAUCUAAACACCGAUCAGUUAUCAAUUGGAUUAUUGCAAGGGGAAGUGGAACUUGAAAAUCUGCCUCUUAGAAAAGAUGCCUUAAAAUUCUUAGAACUUCCUGUACAAAUACAUUCUGGUUUUGUUGGAAAAAUAAAACUUCAAAUACCUGUUAGUAGAUUGAGAAGUGAACCUUGGGUUAUAUUUAUCGAGCAGUUGUUUCUAAUAGCUGGCCCAAUUUUAUCUUCAGAGUAUGAUGAAAAAGCUGAUGAAGAAGCAGCUUUGUCAAGAAAAUUGGCUCAACUGGAAGCUUUAGAAGCUAAAUCAAAAGGUGUGCAGGAUUCUAAACAAAAUGAAUCAUACUAUACAAAUUGGAUGAGUUAUGGAACUUCUUUAAUGGCAAACAUUAUUGAAAAUGUUCAGCUCAAGAUAAAAAAUGUGCACAUUCGUUAUGAAGAUGGUGAAAGCUGUCUUAAUCAAAAUUUUGCCUGUGGUAUUUUAAUUCAUAGUUUGUCAGCUCAAAGUACUGACCAAAACUGGGUGCCAAAAUUUGUUAGAAGGGAUGAUAGUGAAUUUAUGUGGAAACUCUUGGAACUACAAGGCCUUUCUCUAUAUUGGGAUACAAAUAGUGACAUUUUGAGUAACUUAGAUCAAAAGGAAAUGAUGGCUACGAUGGGAAAGCACUUUGAAUCACCAUCAAGUACUGCUCAUGAAUAUAUUCUUGCACCUGUAAAUGCUGAUGCCCAUUUAACCAGAAAUUGUUCUUCCAAACCAUUAAGAUCAAGGUUCAUACCUAGGAUAAUAUGUGACAUAAAUCUGGAAAAAAUUCCUUUAUCACUUAGUGAAAUACAAUACAGACAAAUGAUGGAAUGUGUAAAAUCUUUGGAAGUUCUUGAUGUUCGAUGGAAAUAUCGCAAAUGGCGACCUAAUGUUCCUGUAAAAAAUAAUGCCAGAAAAUGGUGGUCUUAUGCUAUAACCGCACACCUGGAGCCUCUGAGAAAGCAAAAUAGAGCUUGUACAUGGACAUUUGCUCUAGAAAGAGCCCAUGACAUAACUGAAUACAGCCGAGUUUAUCAAGAAUAUCUCAACAAGUCUGAAUUAUCACCUGAUUCUAAGGCUUGGAAGGAAGAUUUGGAAAAGAAAUUAAGUUUUGAAUUGUUGUGUCUGUUAAGGGAAUUGGUUGCCAAAAAAAUUGAAAGAAGUAAUAGUUCUGAUGUAAAGGAUGAACAGUCAAAAGGUAAAGGCUUCCUUCAGUGGAUGUUUCCAUCCUGGGGUGGAUGGUAUUCUGACAAUUCUGGCGCAGAUGUAGUCGAUAGUGUAAAAUCUGAUCAAUCGGAAGUUGAAGAAUUGAAAAGUCAUUUAGAGGAAGAAAUUUUAGAUGUGUUAGAUAGUGCUGAUGAUGAUUCUCUCUUAAAAAGAGACACAGUAUUUGCUCAGCUGAAUUUUUCUCUGUCUCAAGGUACUUUCUCUCUUUUGCAAAGUGAAUCUUCAGUUACAUCACCGACAAGUAAAAGUCCUUCAAGACAGAUGAAAUCAAUAAUAGAUCUUGAGUUUUCGGAUGUGUCGACAAAACUGGAAACCAGGCCAAGAAAUAGUUCUUUUCUAUUUGAAAUCAAACUUGGGGCUUUAUAUUUACAUGACAGAAUAUAUUCUGACUCACAUUUUCCUCAUAUUGUAGCGCCACAAAAUCGGGAUGUCAGUUUCUUAUACACCAAAUCAUCCAAUAUUACUGUUUUCCCACUGCCAUCAUUUCUUAAUCAGAAAUCCGAAGAAAGUGAUACAGGCAGUUACUUAUUUGAACUGAGUUAUGAAAAGAAACCAUUUACAAUCCAUGCAGAUCACAGACUAAAUAUUACUACAAGAGCCUUGGAUGUUGUUUACAAUCCUCAAGUGUUAAGAUACAUUGCAGAUUUCUUUUCAUUACAUCAUGGAAAAACUUCAACUGAUUUUUCUCUUAGUGAAUUAAAAUUAACUGCUGCUGCCAAGGCUAGAUAUGAAACUCUAAAACAACAAACAAAAGCAGAAUUACAGCAAAAAUGGGAUGAAAUUUUGGACGGAGAAGACAAAACUGUUUAUUCAAGAGGGUGGAAUAUAGAACUAAACAUAUCAGCUCCCCAAAUUAUAAUUCCAGAAGACAUAUGUGAUAAGAAUUCUACUGUAGUGGUAUUUGAUUUGGGAAAAUUACACUUUUACAAUGCUCGCACUGAAGAAAUUGAUAAAACAACUCCUUCAUCUGAUGACCUUGAUGAUGAUGAGGAUUUUAUUACACCUUGUUCUACUCCCCAAGAGCUUAUUGAGAGAGCUAAAAAGGCCAAUGAAUUAAUGGAAAUGAUGUCAAAUCAAAAGGAUGCGCAAGUUUUGAAAGAACAUAUUUAUGAAAAAUAUACGUUAGAGCUGAGCAAUAUCCAAAUAUUAGUGAGCAGACUGAAAGAUAACUGGAGAUUUGCUCAACUUCGUGGAACAAGUACUAUGCAUAUCUUGGAUCGUUUUUCUAUCACAGUUCAGACUGAAAGACGAAUGGUGUACACCCAGGAUCCUGAAUGGCCCUCUAUUGCAGUUACAGGAAAUUUGCCAAAGCUGACAGUACAUAUCAGUGAACAAAAGGUAAAUGCACUGCAGACAUGUGUUGAUGUUAUUAAUUCACCCAUAAGAUAUAAAUCUGUGAGAAAAGCAGCAUCAUAUUAUACAGGGGUGAAUUCAUAUGAUUUCGUGGAGCAUUUUAAUGAAAAGAGCUUUAAAGAGAAGAAACGUUUAAUAUCAAAAGAAAUUUCUGAAAGCCAUACAGAUCUGAAUGAAAACUCUUUGAUAUUUCUCAUGGAAUUCUGUAUUGACCAGAUGUCUUUUGAUGUCCAGAGUCGAGGUCAUAGUGUUGCAGAACUGCAGGUAACUGGUGUGAAGACAACCUUAUCAAAACAUCCUCAUGAUGUUUCUUUAUCUCUUUGUGUACACAGCCUGCUUCUUGUUGAUGCUUUACAGACAUAUGGACAAGAUUUUGAACUAUUGCUUGCUUCACAUAAACAUUUGAGUAUGGAUAGCACAAGUGGUAGUUUGAGAGACAGUGAACCAAAUUCGCCUGCAUCUCCUGCAAGUCCAGAUCCUAUUAGUUCCCCUCAAAUAGGGAAGUCUGCACCAACACCUCCAGCAGCCCUAUCUGCAGCUCUUAGUACUUUAAAAAGUUCAUCAAAAACUGCCGAGCCUUCUAGAAAAUGGUUUUCUUCAUUGAGUGUCCCAAAAACCGAACAGUAUGUUUCUGAUGCACUGAUUACUAUGGAGUUCAGCUGGAUAGAGUCUCCAGCAACAGAGGCUGAUGUUACAGAAGUUCUUCAGAUUGGAACGGUGCAGUUUAAUAAUUUGGAUGUUAUAGCAAAUCAAGAAACUAUUGUUGAACUUGUAGAUUUUGUUAAGCGUAUAGCUUUGGAGCGAACUCGAAAAUCUGUUAAUGGAAAAUUAUCCCCUGUUGAGGAAUUGAACAAAUUGAUUAGUGAAAAAGAAGGUUCAUCAAAGAAAUACAUAUCUAGAACUGAAAUAACAUUUGAUUUCCAUCGUCUUAAUAUACUUCUGCUAAGAGCUGUAAGUCAAAAACAUAGCACUUUAGGACAAAAAGUUGCUACUGCCACUAUUUCUGGGGCUAGAAUUCAAGCUACCAUUGGAUCUGUUAUUGAAAUUCAAGGUUCCCUUGGAGGUCUUCAGGUUCUUGAUCUGAUCACUGAAAAUACAAAGCAUCAAAAAAUUAUCAGCAUUGGUUAUGAUCCACUAACUGUUCAACCUGUUGAUUUGUUAAAUAUAUUAGAAGAAGGAAUGUAUAAGCCUCUUAAUCACUCUACUCCAUCAGAACCUCACUAUGCUUUGACAUUUGCAAUCACUAGAGGAGAUAAAGCUGAAUCUCAAGGUGAAAUGGGCAGUCCUCAAGAUCUUCCAAAAUUUGCCAAAGAUAAGCAGCAAGGAUAUCUUAAUGUUAAUUUGAGAAUGGCAUCUCUGUGUUACACACAUUCACCUCGUCUAUUAUAUGAGCUCUCCUCUUGUGCAACCGAGUUUAAAGCAUACAUGAGCUCGUUGGCAAGCUCUAUUAAAAGUGCUGCAACUGAAGUGGCAAAAGGAAUCGUUUCCAAAAGAACAGGAUCAAUCAGUGCUUCACUGCAUGGGAAUAAUCCUGAAGUUAUGAUGAGAUCUCGCUUUGAAAGUACAGAUGAUAUCGCUGAUGACUUAGUUUUCUUAAACACAGAUGCCGAAGAUGUUACAGUUGAUUUGAAACUCGAUGUCUUGUUGCAAACUCCUGUUGUGGCAUUUCCCUCAUCACCUCAAAGUCCUCAGGUUCUUGUGGCUCACCUGGGGCGCAUUGCCAUUCAAAAAGGUGUAACUGGACUAUUAAGCAGCCAACAGUUUUCUAUUGACCUUACUGAAUUGAACAAAGACAAUACUGUAUUUAUUGAAGUUAGGGACAUGAAUAUGCAUUUUGUAAAUGUGGAACAGAAAGCCCAAGUGUCAACAAGUCUUAAAAGUUCAUCAGAAACUGUAAUUUUGCCUAGUCUCUCCAGUAAAGAUCUUUAUGCUUGUGACGAUAAAAAUCAACUCAUAAUCCAUGAUACUGUUCUAGAAAUCAUUUUUAGUUCACAUAAAUCUGAUAUUGCUUCUGAAAUGGUACCUUCCAUUCUUGAUGCUAACAGUAGCAUUCAUUAUGAACAGAAUUCUGAUCCAAACCAAGUUGAAAUAAGAGGUAAGGUUGUCAAUCCUUUACGAGUAGUUUUAACUAAACAUCAAUUUCGUCAGAUGAUGAAGGUUCUAGAUAAUUUAACAUACACUGCAGAUACAAAUCUUGCAAGUGAUGUAAAGCAGUCAACUUUUGUCAGUACUUUGGAAACAUGUGAUGAGCUAUCUCUGUUAAAAAUCAAACCUGAUGCUUCUCAGAUAGCUACUAAACUGCAAAAUUCUGUCAAGGUAUCAUUUGAGUUGCCUGAUCUAAUAACAGAAUUACGAGAUGAUCUGACAGAUAGAGAAGAAGGCAUUGUGAGCAUUACAUUUCAAGAGUUUUUGCUUGAGUAUCAAAUGGACAAGAUGCAUGAAGCCACACUUCAGGUUACACUUCAUUCACUUCUAAUGGAAGAUUUGCGAAAUAAUGAGGUUUCAAACCAUUGCUAUUUGAUGAGUUCUGUGAAUCAAACGAAGACUAAAAGCUUUACUUACCCAGUACCACCAAAAUCAAAUUUCAUUUCAACAUCAUGCCCAAGUCUAACUGAAGCAACUUUAGUAUUUCCUAAUAUUUCAUCUGUAUCACUGCCAGAUAGACUGUGUACACAGAAUAUGUUUUCUCUUAAUUCUGGAAGAAAACUAUCUGGCACUCGCACAAUUCAAAGAUCACGAUCGAAAACUGAAGAAAAUUAUCCAUCAACUCCUCCACCUUCACCUACUGCUUCAAAUGAUAUAAGAAGUCCUACUUCAGAUGCUUUGGUAUCUAUUAAUGUUAGCCUUAUUGACAAAAAGUCACCUCAUUUUGCCACAAAAUACAAUAAAGUUAGUCAAUUUAUCGAUAUAGAUUUUAAUAGUUUAGACAUAAUCCUUAAUUUGCAAACUUGGGUUAUGGUUAUCGAUUUCUUUAGUUCUGGAGGUGAUGAAAUCGAAAAAAUGGUUUUAGAUAGGAAUAAUUCAGUUAUGAAGAGUGAACGAAAAAUUGAAAAUGAAUUACCUAAAGAAGUUUCAAAUUCUGAAAUCAGAUUAAAAGUAAGAAGUUUAACUGUUGUUCUUAAUAAACCGGAAUAUAAGCUUGCUAGUGCCAAUAUAUCCAAUUACAUAUCAGAAAUGUCUUUUCAAGAAUCAAAUUAUACAAUUAAAGGUACACUUGGUAGAAUAUCUGUAAGUGAUUUAUCACCACAUGGUUAUUUGUAUCCUGAAAAAUUUAUUACAACUGGAAGUGAGGCAUUACAUUUUGACGUUUUUAAGUAUUGUAACACCUCUCCUACUGAGCAGAAUGAUUUUGAUAUGAGUGUUAAAUGUCAGAUGAGCUCAGUUCAGUAUAUUCAUACUCAACGGUUUUUAACUGAGGUCACCACCUUUUUCCGGCAUUUUAAUGAAAUGCAAGAACUUAUCAGAAGAAUUCGUCUGGCUGCUUCUGGUGCAGAUGUAAAUCCAGAAAAUACAAGAGGAUCUCGAAUAAAAUUGGAUAUUUCAGCUGGAUCUCCUGUGAUAGCAAUACCACAAAGUGCAUCAAUGACGGAUGUGCUUGUUGCCGACUUGGGCCAGAUUACUGUUUGCAACACUUUUUUGCCCUAUGGGAGUAAAGGCACCAUAUUUUAUAAUGAAAAGAAUGAUGAUUCCAAACCUCCAGCUCAUAAGAAGCUCAAACGAACAAAAAAUAGGGAUUCUGCAGACAUUCUAAAAUCGUUAUUGCAGCAAAAUGAAUGUCUUUUAGAUGUGAUCAAUGUUGAACUGGCAGACAUGGAUUUGUAUUCAGCUGUUUAUAUACCUUGUAAAAAGAGCAAAAAAAGAGGUAGCAAUAUUUCAUCGCCAGAUUCCAGAGAUCUGAUUUUUCCUUCAUUCAUUAUUAGGAAACAAGGGAAUGAUUUGCUUCAGCAAAAAUUUAUGCUUCAGGUACAAGUGGAAAGGAAUUUGGAUUCUGCUACUAGUCAUUUAGCACCUGAUUGGACUGUAGAAGGUGUUGUUUCAUCUGUGUAUGUAACAUUGGAUAGAAAACAGUAUAAGCUCAUUUUUGGUGUACUUAAUCAAAAUUUGGGUGAACCUCUGGAAGAAUUUUCUUUUGAUCCCAACACUGAAAGUGAGCAAUUCCUUUUAAUGGACACUGAUGAGAAGGCCUGGACAACUAUGGCAAUCCACAUGGAUUUAGUAAAUGUUUCUUUGGAACUUAUUAGAAAUGAUGGCAUUGUAAAUAAACCUAGUGAGUGUUCAUUAGCAAAAUUUGACUUUAUUAAAUCUCGUUUAUCAUAUGAGGCAUACUCUGACAAUAGUCGUGACAUUGAUUUGGUAUCCAACAAAAUACAAGUUCUAGAUAUAAGAUAUAAAGAUGCCCCUGUAAAUAAUCGCCCAAAUGUUUUCACAAAAGUAUUACAACCUACAAAUACAAAUGAUAAUAAUGGAUCCACCUUACAAGCUGAAGUUCAUUAUCGAAUUACUAAUGAUUUUACCAGAUUUACUGUUUUACUGAAUAAUAUGAGAAUGAUGGGUGUUUUUGAAUUUUUGGGAUCAGUGCUAGAUUUCCUUACUGUACCCAGUAAUGCUACGCCCCAAAAAGAAAUUGCUGAUCAACAAAAGGAAUCUAAUAUUAACAAAAAUUUAAAUAAGACUCAAGGAAAUUUUGAAAUGAAAAUCAAUGUAACUGACUCAGAAUUUGUUGUUGUAGAAGAUACCUCGAUGUGGGAUAGUAAUGCUGUAAUUUUAAAAGCAACUGCUGUUUUUACUUGGAAACCAGAUUACCAAGAAAAGCCUCUGUCUUGCAGCUUACAGAAUCUUGAAGUGUUUUCUUGCAUAUUAGGAGUAGAAGAUGAUACUGCUCUUUCGAUCAUAGAUCCUCUAAGUGUAAGCAUAGAAAUUCUUAGUAAAACAAAUUCGCCUAUCAUUCAGCUUGAAUCUUCUGAAAUACAACAUGUUCUUGAAAUCUCUGCUGUAAAUCUAAACCUUCGCUUAUCUUAUUAUGAUAUCACUAUGUUUUUAAAGAUUUUUGAUUCCAUUAAACGCCAAAUUGCCUUUUAUAGUAAGCCUGCUGCCCUUGUGUCUUCGUUACCUGGUAUGACCAGCUCUCCUAGUAUCGAUUGUUUAAUAGCACUAGGAUUUUCAGCACCGGAUUGCCAAAACGCUUUAGAAAUUUGCAAAGGAAAUAUUAACGAUGCUGCCUUAUGGCUAACUCAGCAUGCAACGCCUCUUGAUGCUUCAACCAGUCCUGUGAAAUACGAUGACUCUUCUUCAAUAAAGAGAAGAAUAAUCAAUGUAAUCUCAGCAGAAAUCAGGCUAACAUCUUUUAGCUUAUGCAUUAUUGAUGACUGUAGAGAUGCUGAUGUACCGGUUGUGGAAUUGAGUCUUUCAGAAGUGCAGUUUGUUCAAAAGUUUUUUAAUUCUCCAGAGGGAUAUGGCAAUUUCAGCUUCAGUGCUGAAUAUUAUAAUCGUGCAUUGUCAGGCUGGGAACCUGCCAUUGAACCAUGGAAAUGCUUGGUGAAAUGGAAGAUCCAACCAAUGCAGUCUAAAGAUGGGAAGAAAUUUACAUUUAAUAUUUCAUCACCUGAUUCUAUAAAUUUCAAUGUCACCACUUCUCUGAUCGAACUUUUCAAGACAGUGAAAAAGAAUUGGACUGAAGAAUAUUUGAACAUAAAUAAUAGGAAUAAAGAAUCAGUACCUACAGAUAUGAACAGCCCUGGCUGUUAUAGAAGGAGACUCCCAUUUAUGCCAUUUGCGUUGAAAAACGACACAGGAGGUAAAAUAUGGUUUGCUACACAAAUAACAUCAGUCAAGCAGCAAUCUCUUGAUUUAGAGAAUGAUAACUUGCCAGCCCAAAAUAGUAAAUUCUCUCUGUCGUGGACAGAAGUACCAGCUGGGAAUCUAGUACCAGUCCCAUUUGAAAGUCGUUCCAAAAUUCGUCACAAAGAUUCUCAUUCAAUGAAACUCCAUCAGAUUAUAGUAAAAGCCGAAGGAUGGCAUCCAGCUGCUCCUGUGUCUGUUGAUAGGGUUGGUACUUAUUUUCGACAUGCUUCUCCACAAAGUCAUGUAGCAUCUGCAUAUACUGAGAGAUUACCAGCAAGAAUAGUUUUUGUCGUUGCCCUAGAAGGUAGUGCUCGGAAACUCAUCACUGUACAGUCCUCUCUGUUAGUUUCUAAUAAACUGGAAGACGCUAUUGAAUUAAAACUGGAGAACUCUACUUUGCAAUUCGGACUGAAAAGCAUGUCCAUGUAUUUAGUACCACAACAAACUUUACCUGUGCCAUUACAUUUUGUAUAUGCUCAGUUAUGGGCACGACCUGUAGACAAGUUUGUAGCUUUCUGCAAUCAUGUUAUUCAUUGGAAUGAUGUCAAAAAACCAGGUGAGGUUCAAGGCGGUUUAAGAAAGUGUAAUUCCAUUCAAAAAACUUCAGAAUUUUACAAAUUUUUAGUUCUAACAAAAAGACGGAGAUUUCCGUCGGAAAAAGAGAUUAAUUUUUUUCCUAGUGCUAUUGAUAGUAUGCACAACAGAACUCCUCCUGCUCAUAGAAUUUAUUUCGUACCUUGUUUAGAAGUUGUGAAUCUUCUACCUUAUGAACUCCAUUUUUACUUGAAAGAUACUAACUUGUCAGGUUUUGUAAAGCCAGGAAAAAGAAAGUCUGUCCACAGCAUAGAUAUUUCUGAGCAAUUCUAUAUCAAAUUCUUUUUGGAAAACUUCAAGCGAUGCAAAGACUUACCUUUAUCAUCUUCUUCUCGUCAUUUUCCAUCUAGAAUUGAACUACGUGACAAUCAAGAUAGAAUGCUUAUGCUACAAUUAAAAGUUCAAUAUUUGCCUGGUGGUGGUUUGAAAUUAUUUGUAAGUGCUCCCUUCUGGCUUGUCAACAGAACAGGUCUUCCGCUUGUGUUUAAACAAGAAGGGACACAGAUAGAAGCUGCUGGCCAAUUUGAAGAGCAUGAACUUGCACGAUGUAUGGCUCCUCUUUUGUUUUCAUUUCCUGAUCAUGAUUCUAGUACUAUGUGUAAUAUGAGAAUUGGUCGAUCUCUUCAUGUUGAUGGAAUCCCACAAUGGUGUAUGAGAUUUUCUCUUGAGAAAGGCGUUAGAGUUCGCAGAUUACAUGUAAUGAGAAAAGACUCCAGACCAGAUCUAGUCUAUAACAUAGGUAUCGAUGUUCGUGCAGGAAAAGGAAAAUAUGGGGAUACUCAUAUUGUAACUUUGUCGCCUCGAUAUUAUCUAGACAAUAGUUCCAGCCACAAACUGGAAUUUUGUCAAUUGUUUGCUACAAAAGAUAAUAGAAAUUUUGUUCUCUCUGCAAUGUCAAAUUCUAGUCUACCUUUCCAUUGGCCUCGCAUUGAUUUGGAUAAUUUGCUUUGUGUUCGCCAACCUGAUAUUGAGGACUGCCAUUGGUCAGGUGGUUUUCCUAUUGAUAACAUUAAAUCAUUUCAUAUAAACAUGAGGGAUGGUCAAGGCAAAUCAAAUUUUCUGCGUGUUGAAAUAAUAUUGCAAGGAGCUACGUUUUUCAUUGUUUUUACUGAUGCUGACAGAUUGCCACCCCCUUUUCGCAUUGAUAAUCAUUCUGAAGUUUCCAUUACUUAUUAUCAAACUAAUGUUGAACAAGAGAGAUUGAAGACUUCAAUCAGAGCACACACAUCUGUAUCAUAUGCUUUUGAUGAGCCUACUCUCCCUCCUUAUAUAACUCUCUGUGCUCCUGGAGGAUCUGCUGCUACAUAUAACAUGAAUAUUUUCAGAGAAGGUAGUCAGUUAUUUUAUGAAAAUUUCAUAUAUAUUAUUUUUACUGGUACAUUCUCAGAAGACAGCAUAUCUUCUGUACCCUCAAAUCUAGCUAAUAAAGAAUACGUCCUUGAUGUACCAUAUGGUAAUAAAAUAGUAAUAAACAAAAGAGAAGCUGGAAAGCGAUCACAAUUGUGGCGAAUGACCAGCACAGGUAUGCUGCAGCAUGAAGGUUCUAGUCCUCCUAGAGAUCCUCAUAAACCAAAUUCUGCUAAUAAUGCUAAAACAAUGGUACUAGAUAUUGCAGAUCUUGGACCACAACCUGGUGAAUAUACCAAUCUUAUCCUUAGAAAACCAGAUCCACGUAGAAAGCAUACUCAAACUUGGAAAUUCACAUCUGACGGUCGUCUGUGCUGUGGCUACCCAAAUAUGUAUGUUCAGUCAAGAGAUGGUUUUAAAGGUUUGAGGCGUGGAACAGAUGUUGUUCUUGGACCAACAAUGCCAGUAAGUUUUGUGACUUUAGAUAGUGGUAUUCCAAUAGAGCAAGCUAUAUCUCGUAAAAAGCUUAGAGGAGGAUCUGGUGUGCUUACAGUUAAAGUUAUACCUGAUGGACCUACAAGAGUUCUCCAAAUAACUGAUAUUAAGAGGAAACAAAUAAUGACCCGAUCAUCACCUUCAUCUGAUUGGGUAGUAGUUGAAGAAAAUCUCCACAAUAAACCUAAUGACAUUGAGUCAUCUGACCAUUCCCCUGAUGGCAGCAGCAGUCAACAAUCCAAUAAUGGAUUUGAGGAUAUUGAAAUGCAGAUUAGUUUACAGUUGCCAAAAGGCCUUGGAAUCUCCUUAGUCAAUUACUCGUGUGAAGAACUUAUAUAUAUUUGGCUUCAUAAUAUUAUGGUGGAAUAUAACAAAGCAUCUUCAUAUCAUUCAUUAGAUGGAAGUAUAAAAGAUAUCCAAGUUGAUAAUCAGCUCCGAGACGCUGAAAAGCCAGUCAUGCUGUACGUUACGGAACAAAGUAUGUCUGAUGAACAGAGACAUCUUCCAGCUUUACAUUUCACAGUUCAAAGGAUAUGUACCCCUGUUAUCAAUGCUGAAAUAUUUAAGCACUUAAUUGUGACAAUGAAAAACUUAACAAUACAGUUGGAAGAGAAACAUCUUUUAAAAUUGUUCCAAUUUUUUGGAUAUGAUCAGUCUGAAAAUGAAGGAGAAAGAACUGAUGAAAGGGAUGGCAAUCAAUCUCAGAGAAGCAUCACUAAAUCUAUGGCUUAUGAGAAGCGAUACUAUUUUAGUACUUUGAAAUUGGUUUUGCAACAAAUAAAAUUGAGUGUACUAACAAGUAGUAAUCUUUCCUUGGAUCUUCUCCAAGUUAAAAAGAAAAUGAGACUGACUCUAAUAAAGUUUGAAGAUGCUACAAUCGAACUUGAUGCAUUUGUUAGGGUUCAUCCCUUUGAGACUGCAGGAUUUCUUAUUGAUAGUAUCAUUGAGCAUUAUAAAGAAGAACUAAAAAGUGAAGCUGUUAAAAUUCUUGGAGCUGUUGAUUUCUUGGGAAAUCCUUUAGGACUAAUGAAUGAUGUUUCUGAUGGAAUUUCAAAGCUCAUACAUGAAGGUAGUGUCGGUGGCUUAAUAAAAAAUGUCACACAUGGCAUUUCCGAUUCUGCAGCUAAAUUGACAGGUAGCAUGUCAGAUGGCCUUGGAGUUGUGACUAUGGAUGACAAACAUCAAAGGAUCCGAAAACAAAUUCGACAACAGAGUGCAGCAAGAGGUAAUGAUCAUCUGAUGGCUGGUCUUAAAGGAUUAGGUUUUGGCCUUAUUGGUGGUGUGACCAGCGUUUUCACUCAGACUUAUGAAGGAGCUGUUCAAGAAGGAGUACAGGGCUUCUUUUCUGGUCUUGGUAAAGGUAUUGUUGGUACUGUAGCAAAGCCAGCUGUUGGCUUCCUUGAUUUUGCAUCUGGUGCUGCAAGUGCUAUGAGAGACACCAGUAAAGGAAGCUCACAUUCUGUCCUUGUACGCACUCGACCACCACGAAUAUGUGUCGGCUCUGGAGGCUUACUUCCACGAUAUUCAUUCCAACAAGCUCUGGGUCAAGAAUUUCUUUACAAUUUAAAUGACAGAAAUUACAAUGAGCUGUUUAUUGCUAAAGAACAAAUACAAUCUGGGUCUGAAGAUCUGCAUGCACUAAUAUCAAAUGAACAUGUAUAUUUCCUCAGUAGUGGCAUGCCGUCAUCGAGUAAUGUGGUGCUAAAAGUUCCUUUCACUGAUUUGUUUAAGUGUUCAUAUGUAUAUUCAGAUGCUGGUGUGAUUGGAGAAGUUAGACAUUAUUUACAACUCAUAAUGAAAGCUGAUAAUGCUACUGGUUCUAUCACGGUUCCCAGUGACUCAGGAAGUAGAAGACAUUCCAGAAGUACAUCCAUUGAACCUCUUUGUAAAAAACCACAAGUGCGCUGUGAUUCUGCAGAAAUUGCCCAAAAAGUUGCCAUGCAAAUUAAUUAUGCAAAAAGUCUUCAUGAAGAAAGAACUUACAUGGUUGUUGCUGAUGAUGAAUUUGAUGAAGAUAAAGAUUAAAUAGUUAAAAAGACUGAUUAAUAAGCUCUAUGUGAUAGUUUAAUUACUGAUUUUUUUUUGUUAAUCUCUAAUUAUCAUUAUACAGUGUAUAGUGUUUAGGAGACCAAAGAUUUUAAAUUUAUAGAAUACUUGUAUAGAAGAGAAAUAUUUAUAUUUUAGUUGUUGUUUAAUUUUAAAAAGUGCUAUUUUCAUAUCUUCCAAAAAUUAUGUAUAAAACUUACUUUUAAAUUCUAUGUAUCAUGGGAUUUCAAUAAUUGAGUUUAAUAUUAUUCAGAUACAAUUUUAAAAUUUUCUUAAAAGAUUUUUUUAAAUAAAUUUGCACAAUUUCAAAAAUUUGUAACGGAAACUUUUUGGUAUAUUUUCCAUUGUAUAAGGAAAAAACUUAAUACAUAUAAAAACAAUCUUGUAUUGAAAAUAUGG